AUGACGGCUGUGAUGGUUAUGAUGGUGGUGGUGAUGGCGAUGGCUGUAAUGAAGAUGAUGAGGCCACCGUGGACGGCCUCCCGGACCCUCCUGGGGUUCCAGUCCUCCAAGCAGAGCCAGCCCACGUCCUGUGACAGCGCUCAGGAAGCCUGGGACCUGCUGCAGAGAGCUUUACCCACGUUUCUCAUCGCCAUCUGCUUCUGUGGGCCGCUGGGAAACCUCUUUGUGCUGUCUGUCUUUCUCUUGGCCCGAUGGCGUCUGACUGCGGCAGAAGUCUACCUGGCCAACCUGGCGGCUUCCGACCUGGUGUUUGUCUUGGGCUUGCCCUUCUGGGCAGAGAACAUCUGGAAGGAAUUCAGCUGGCCUUUCGGAGCCCUCCCCUGCCGCGUGGUCAACGGCGUCAUGCAGGCCAAUCUCUUCACCAGCAUCUUCCUGGUGGUGGCCGUCAGCCAGGACCGCUGCUGUGUGCUGGUGCACCCCAUGGCCAGCUGGAGGCGGCCUCAGCGGUGGUGGGCUCAGGCCCCCUGCAUGCUCAUCUGGGCCGUCGGUGGCCUCCUAAGUAUCCCCACGUUCCUGCUGUGCUCUGUCAAAGCUGUCCCGGAACCGAACAUCUCCGCCCGUGUGCUGCUGUACCCCCACGAGGCCUGGCCCCUUGCAAGGAUGGUGGAGUUAAAUGUGCUGGGGUUUCUCCUUCCACUGGCUGCAACUGUCUUCUUCAACUAUCACAUCCUGGCAGCCCUGCGAGGGCGGGGGGAGGUCAGCAAGACAAGGCGCGGGGGGCCCACGGGCGGCAAGGCCAUGGCCCUGAUCCUCCUGCGCGGGGCUGCCUUCCUGCUCUGCGGGACCCCCUACCACUUCUUUGCCUUCCUGGAAUUCCUGGUUCAGGUGUAGGCUGUCGGAGGCUGCUUCUGGAAGAAUUUCACCGACCUGGGCCUGCAAUGGGCCAACUUCUUUGCUUUCAUCAGCAGCUGCCUGAAUCCAGUGAUUUAUGUCUUUUUGGGCUGGCUUUUCAGGACCAAGGUCUGGGAACUUUAUAAACGAUGCAUCCCUAGACGACUGACUCCAAUAUACACGUCCCACACAAAAGAAAUUCUGGCGGAAUUAAAACAGCAGGGAGGGACUUCCCUGAGGAGGCAGAAGUGUCAGAGACAGAGAAGGCGGGAGGGAUACAACGAAGGGGCCACAGGCCAAGAAUUGCAGGCGCCCUGUCGAGACGUGAAAUGGAAAAGAAAUGGAUCCGCCCUGGAGCCUCCUUCUGGAACCAGCCCUGCUGACAUCUUGAUUUCAGCCCAGUGA